CACCCAUCAAACCAAAAAGACACGAAACCAAACUCGGAUUUAGGAACGGCAAUUUUUGAGAAAAUGGAUAGAUGUAAAUUAAUAAUACUGCCUACUCGAAUGCAAGUCUGAUGACCAGAACCUCUGCAACAACAUAAGAGGAACUGAAUCUGCUGUUCAUCAAAUUGCACACAAUCUACUAUGGAAGAAUUCUUGGUGAAAGAUCUCGAGAUUCCCUGCACGUACCACGAUCCCAGCUUUCUGCCGAAGGAAACAGCGGACGAGUACUACGAGACACUAAAAAUGCUGAUCCCCUGGGAAAAGACUGCAAAAAUCAAUCGAUGGGUCCGCCUGUACCAGGAAGCGGGGGAUCUUGUUGAUGGUAGUGGGGACCACAAUGCUCCCGCCUAUGCCUACAAGGACGCCCCAAAGUCACAGAAAGGCGAUGAAACCUCAUCGCCACUGCCCACGGACCGCGAGGACGUCAACACGGUGAACGGGUUCCCGGAACUCGUGCAGACCCUCCGGAAGCUCUGCCAGGAAUGGUACGUUAGCAUGCACCCGACCGGCGAGGAAAGCGGAACCGUUCCGCCGUCCUUCAAUGUGUGUCUCCUCAAUUUCUACGAGGACGGCCAGCAGCGGAUCGGCUGGCACGCCGACCGGGAGGAAAUCGGCCGGACCACACCGAUCGCCUCCAUCAGCCUGGGGGCUCCCCGGCAGUUCCUGGUUCGCAGCCAGACCGACGGCCGGCGGGACCGGGCCACCCUGCAGCUCCGGUCCGGAUCGCUCGUGGUGAUGGAGCCCGUCUGCCAGACGAAGUACCUGCACAGCGUCCCGAAGGAACCCGAGGUCACCACCGGACGGAUCAACCUAACCUUUCGGUGCAAGGAUUUUUCCAAGGAGGCGGCCUCCGGGGAAACAACGCAGGGAGAGGAGCUGCACGAGAGUCGGAACAACUUUAUGGACAAGCUCGUGAGCGAGGGGACGGUGCCGACGACGCAGGCCUGGACGAGUGGGGGGAGUUGCGGAAGCAGCGGCAGCGGCAACAACGUCGGGAACCAGAGCGGUAGGCGAAGGGCUUUGUCGUCGACGGCCCCGGUGGUUUUUGGAGAGGAAGACACCCCCCUCUGCGAGCACGAUAUUGUUGUCGCUCCCUCCAACCUGCGGUUUCUUGUAAAAACUAACAUGGGCGCCGAAAAAUACUGCGCAGCGGAAAUACGGGAGCGGCUCAAAGAACACCCAACGAACAGCUGGAUCGUACGGACGAGGCCAUUUGAACUCGAUGGAUACAUUGGCGUGAUUUCUCCUAACGAGAAGAGCAAGGACAGCGGCGACGGCAGCGCAGCUUUGCGAAACGAUCUGCUGGAUUUGAAAACAGCCCACCACGUUUUGGACUACCACUAUCACUUUCGGUUGAGAGAUUGUUUCCCGUAUGUCCACCAAUACGAUGCGGAAGCGGACCUCGAAUCCCUCAAGGAAGAACUCAUUCCCAAGGAGGCCCUUUACGAACACGUCAAGGAACAGCUCACCAGUGACAGCAUUUCGUUUCUGCCGGAGCCCCGCGACGACAACGACAGCGAUCUCCGCAAACUGACCUUCCGGGUUACCUCCGACCGCGUCGGUGGGCCCCAUUCCUGGCAGACCCCGGAGGUGGAGUACGAGAUUGGUGGGGCCGUCGCCGAGGUGUACGGGAACAAAUACGGGUGGAAACCCAAGAUGUCGAAUUACGAUGUACAUCUCCGUGCAGACGUCAUCGGCAACCUGGUGGUCAUAGGGACGCAGCUCAACGUCCACGACCUGUCCAAGGGCCGGCACUUUGCCCGAUACCGGAACGCGGUGACCAUCAAGACCAACCUGGCCUACGCUAUGGUCCGGCUGGCGAACCUUCGGGACGGGGACACCCUCCUGGACCCGUUUUGCGGUUCCGGGACGCUGCUGCUGGAGGCCCUCGAGAUGCACAAGGGGACUCUCCGCAACUGCCUCGGUAUGGACGUUUCCCGCCGGAGCGCCGUUGGAGCCCGGGCCAACGCACGGGCCGAGGGCUAUGCGUCGGACCAGACCUGCCGGUUCGUCUGCAGCGACGCCCGGUCGUUGCGGCGGCACGUUGACGCCGAUGGCUCGGUGGACGCGGUCGUCACAAACCUCCCCUGGGGGAUCAUGACGGGGCAGAACCAGUCCGUCUCGUCCCUGCAGACCCUCUACGAGGUCUUUCUGAGAAACGCUUGGUACGUCCUGAGGCCCGGCGGCCGCGUCGUGAUGCUCGUGCUGCGGGGCCUGCAGGUGAUGAGGAUCGUCCGCAAGCUCAGCGGCCGGUUCCGGCUCCUCCACGCCAACGUGGUCCGGACCACCAACAACCUGCCCUGCAUCGUGGUGGUGGAGAAGCUCCCCACGGACGAGGUCCGGGAGUCGAUCAAGGGGCAGCUCGCCCACCUGAACAACUUUGUAAGCGUCAGCCCAGAGAUCUACCGGUCGAUCCACACCGAGGACGUGGACGACGAUUUCGACGACGGCAAACAGCAGCAAUAGCGAAUGGGAAUGGCAACGACGCAAUGGCCGCAACGCCGAAACUAGCUAGCGAACGAAUCAAACCAAUUUAUUGCAAGGAAGGCGAUCGUCCCAACAAAAGCAAUCGAUGCAAGUUGCAUCUCGUAUGCAAGCAGGCACUCGACAUUUCAGAAAGUCGAUGGCGAAGACUCGUUCAGCAUGAUGCGAAUGGUACUAGCAGAGUGUUGUCCMAACUAAAUACUGCGUCGAAUGACCUCAACACGUGUUGAUUUCGUUUCACUGAUAUUUUUUUGAGUUGAAGAUAUCUGAACAGCAUAAUUGAUUUGGCAGGAACAACAAGUCUCGGCCUUUUUUGACCAGACAUUUUUGCCACAGUAGCACACAUUGUGUAGUCGUACGGGUGUCUGAAUUGCAUUCAAUGAAAAGUGGUUCUGCUGCAUUGAAUUUUGUGAGAGCAAUGGAAUAACGAGCAGUCGCCAAUCCCUCAUUUUUGACUCCUUGAAUCCCGUUAUCUUCUCAGAACCUCCCAAUCAAAGUGCCACUAGGAGUAGACGAUAAUUUGUCUAUGUUG